AUGAGGAGCGGCGCGGAGCGCAGGGGCAGCAGCGCCUCAGCUCCCCCCGGCUCGCCGCCCCCCGGCCGUGCGCGCCCCGCCGGCCCCGACGCGCCCCUGGCCCUGCAGCCGCCCGCCGCCGGCCAACCUCGAGCCCGGGACUCGGGCGAUGCCCGCGCGCAGCCGCGCCCCCUGUUUGCGUGGAGCAAGUGGAAGAAGAGGAUGAGCUCGUCCAUGUCGUCGGCCCCGGCGCGGAGGCCCGUGUUUGACGACAAGGAGGACGUGAACUUCGACCACUUCCAGAUCCUGAGGGCCAUCGGGAAGGGCAGCUUCGGCAAGGUGUGCAUCGUGCAGAAGCGGGACACGGAGAAGAUGUACGCCAUGAAGUACAUGAGUAAGCACCAGUGCAUCGAGAGGGACGAGGUCCGGAAUGUGUUCCGGGAGCUGGAGAUCCUGCAGGAGAUCGAGCACGUCUUCCUGGUGAAUCUCUGGUACUCCUUCCAGGACGAGGAGGACAUGUUCAUGGUGGUGGACCUGCUGCUGGGCGGGGACCUGCGCCACCACCUGCAGCAGAACGUCCAGUUCUCCGAGGACACCGUGCGGCUCUACGUCUGCGAGCUGGCGCUGGCCCUCGACUACCUGCGGAGUCAGCACAUCAUCCACAGAGACGUCAAGCCCGACAACAUUCUGCUGGACGAGCAAGGACACGCGCACUUGACCGACUUCAACAUCGCCACCAUCAUAAGGGACGGGGAGAGGGCGACUGCGCUAGCCGGGACCAAACCGUACAUGGCUCCGGAGAUCUUCCAGUCUUUCGUCAGCGGUGGGACCGGCUACUCCUUCGAGGUGGACUGGUGGUCGGUGGGGGUGAUGGCCUAUGAGCUGCUGCGUGGAUGGAGGCCCUACGACAUCCACUCGAGCGACGCCGUGGAGUCCCUGGUGCAGCUGUUCAGCACUGUGAGUGUCCAGUACGUCCCUUCCUGGUCGAAGGAGAUGGUGGCCCUGCUUCGGAAGCUCCUCACUGUGAACCCCAAGCACCGUGUCUCCAGCCUCCAGGACAUGAAGGCGACCCCAUCACUGGCCAAUGUGCUGUGGGACGACCUGAGCAAGAAGAAGGUGCAGCCGGGUUUUGUGCCCAAUAAAGGCCGCCUGCACUGUGACCCCACGUUCGAGCUGGAGGAGAUGAUCCUGGAGUCCAGGCCCCUGCACAAGAAGAAGAAGCGGCUGGCCAAGAACAGGUCCCGGGACAGCAGCAGGGACAGCUCCCAGUCCGAGAAUGACUACCUUCAGGACUGCCUUGAUGCGAUCCAGCAAGACUUUGUGAUUUUUAACAGAGAAAAGCUGAAGAGGAGCCAGGACCCCACGAGGGAGGCCCUGUCCACUCCCGAGGCCGGGGAUGCGGACGGCGAGGCCUUGGUGGACGGCGAGGAGGCGAGCGCGGCCCUGCCCGCGUGUGGCUCCAUCUGCCCCUCGGCAGGGAGCAGCUAGGAACCUGCUGGCCCUGGGAAGCACAGGCCGGCGGCUCUGCUUCUGGCCCCUUCCACCGGCGCAGCCUGACCCCGAGCUGCCGUUGGGCUCUCAGGCGGACAUGGCGACGGGAGGCUGUUCGUGUGGCCAAGUGGUGGGCAAGGAGUGUGGUGCCGCCCGGACACUGAUUACAUGUGAUGGUGACCCUGGUGGCCUCCAGACCCAUCUGCUGGCAGGUCAGAGGCCAGACACUCUCAUCUCUCACCACCUCUCGGCUGUACAUAGGCCUGGCCUGCCGGACCUGCCACCAGCUGCCCGACAUCUGUGAGCUUGCUACCCGGAGCUUGGGGGUAGCCCAGGGCCCAUGGUUCUUGUACAUCCAGG